UAUUUCUUUUGCUUUAUUCUAUUACUCUAUUCUAAGGAACAUGUCAGCUGUCACUGAAAGCUUUGUAUCUGUGUCAAAGGAAUCUGAUUUCCCUAUCCAAAACAUCCCAUUUGGUGUCUUUUCCACAGCUGAAAAGGACAAGCCUCGCGUUGGUACUGCUAUUGGCGACCACGCACUUGAUUUAUCUGAAAUUUCUCAUGCUGGUUUGUUGGAUCAUGUUCAAGGAUUGGAAAAUGCAAGUGAUAUCUUUAGUGAGUCAAGCUUAAACAAGUUCAUGUCUUUAGGACGUCCUGUCUGGAGAGCCACUCGCUCUGCUAUCCAAGAAAUCUUGUCAAAGGACAACUCCAAGUUAAGAGAUGAUGCUGAAUUGCGCAAAAAGGCUCUCAUUCCUCUCUCUCAUGUCCAAAUGCAUUUGCCAGCUCAAAUUGGUGACUACACUGAUUUCUAUUGUUCCCGUGAACACGCUACUAAUGUUGGCAUCAUGUUCCGUGGCAAAGAUAAUGCACUUCAACCUAACUGGCUUCAUAUCCCUGUUGGUUAUCACGGUCGUGCAUCUUCCGUCAUUGUUUCUGGUACAGACAUUCGUCGCCCAGCUGGCCAAAGACUCCCUGCAAAAGAUGCCAAGGCUCCUAUUUUUGGCCCUUCUGUUAGAUUAGACAUUGAAUUAGAAGUUGGAUGGUUUGUUGGUAAAGGAAACAAUCUUGGUGAGCCUAUCGAUAUCAAUCGUGCACAAGAUCAUAUUUUUGGUCUUGUAUUGGUGAAUGAUUGGAGUGCUCGUGAUAUUCAAGCCUGGGAAUAUGUUCCAUUGGGUCCCUUUUUAGGUAAAAACUUUGGCACAACAAUCUCCCCAUGGAUUGUUACUUUGGACGCCCUUGAACCUUUCCUUACAAACGGACCUGAUCAAAAGGAGCCUGAGCCAUUACCUUAUCUUCAAGAAAACAAGCCUUCUGCCUAUGACAUUCGGCUUGAAGUUCAAAUCAAACCUGCCGAAUCUUCCAAAUUUGAAACUGUGACCGUUUCCAAUCUCAAACAUAUGUACUGGUCCAUUACUCAGCAAUUAGCCCAUCAUACUGUCAAUGGCUGUAAUAUGAGACCAGGCGACAUGGGUGCUACUGGUACAAUCUCUGGUCCUGAAAAAGGAUCUUAUGGUUCAUUAUUAGAAAUCACAUGGAGUGGCAGAGAUAAAAUCACUUUUGAAAAUGGCGUUGAACGUCUCUUUUUACAAGAUGGUGAUGAAGUCAAGAUAACAGGUCAAGCAAGCACAGGUGAAUAUACCAUUGGUUUUGGUGAAUGUAAUGGUAAAAUCCUUCCUUCUUUGUACAACUAGCAAAUGACUUCAUGUUCAACUGGCUUUUGGCUCUCCGCAAGUCAAACUAGCAUAAAAAGUGUUGUAAUAUUUAAUCUUUUUUAUUUUUUUUUCUUUCUAAAAUAAAACAAAACGCA